AUGCCGGGCAUGUCGGCGUACUCCACCUCCAAGCUCGCAGGACAUAGAUACAUGGAGUAUCUAGCGACCGAGUAUGAUCAGCUCCGCACCUUCACCAUGCUGCCUGGUAUUGUAAAGACGGACCUGGCUGAUCCCAAAUUCUACGAAUACGCACAAGAUGAAGCCGAGCAGACUGGCGCUUUGGCUCUGUAUUUAGCCUCACCUCGCGCCGACUACCUGAAAGGCUCUCUGACUAGUAUCAAUUGGGAUCUGGCCGAGAUGGAGGCUCGCAAGAGUGAUAUCGAGCAGGGAAUACUGAAGCUAAUAUGGAUGCCGGUGCUGCCGGCAAGUGGUGGAAGUGGUAUUUAA